UCCUUAUAAUUUUGUAAACCUUUUAAAAAUGUCCACCAAAUUAUUGUUUCUGCUUUUUUUAAGCUGUUUGAUGAUUAAUUUUGCCACUUGUCAUCCACGUUACUAUUCAAGUGAAGAGAGCAACUCGCCAUCUAAUGAAAAUAACGAGCCCGAAUAUGGACCGAGAGAAUCUGAAUCUGGCACUAUGAAUAUUCUCGAAUUUCUUACUAAAAUAGCUCAAGUGCUAGUUCCUGCUGGGGUUUGGAAGUGAUUGUAACUAAAAAAACGGAUCAUGGGGCCCGGAUUGAUUCGAUAUUUUUUUGGCUGAUAAUAAAUUAGGAAAAUUAGUAAAUGAUAAGAAUUAUAAAUUAUUGUU